ACGGUGACUCCCACAGUGACUUCUGCAGUGACUCCUGCAGCCUCCCACAGCACUCCCCUCUCUCUGCCCACCCCUCCAGCUCCCCUCCUCCGCCUCUCUUCUCCGGCGCCUCACCCCUCUUCCCGCGGGGCAAUGCAUCCACACUCACUAACAACGCCCCUAACUCUAUCCCUCUUGCCCGUUCCCCUGCCAAUUCCCGUGCUCAUGCCCCUGCCUGGUCCCCUCCCCAAUCCCCCUGAUUUCGGACCUUCCGUGGCCUCUCAACCUGCCACCUCUCUCUCCCCUGGCUUUUCCCAAAGCUUGGGCCUAGGCUUGGCCCGAGGCUCCCUGCUGGCGGGCCUUUCGGCUCGGGAGCUCUUCCAAGCCGCAGCUUCGGCCAGGCCUGCUCUGGUAGCCGAGGCUACGAGCGUGGCUCGGCCGGGGGAGCUCUCCAGGAAGCUAAGAGAAACGCUUAGAGAUGUUGUGGUGGCUUAUGAUGGGUCUGCGAGGAUUGGAGGAGUUGGGAGAGACGACAGGAAGGACCGAGGAAAGGGCAAGGAAACGGGAAAGGAGAAGGUGGGAGAGAAGAAGACUGGUGAGAGGAGGGAGGUGGGGAAUGAGGGGGGUGUGUGGGCGGAAGCAGGGGAUGCAGUGGGCAUGGCAGCGGCGCAGGCAGUGUCUGGACCAGCGACGCAGAUGGUGCUGACGGCGGGGCAUGAUGGCGCGCACGGCGGUGCCUCCUCCCUCAUUGCCCGACUGGAGCGCCUUCUGUACGCAACUGACUCCUCUCCAAGGGUCCAACUGCGAUUCCUUCCCGCUCAUCCCACCUCUCCUUCCAAGGACAGCACCACCUCUUCUGCAGCGGCAGCAUCAUCAUCAUCAGCUGCUGCUGCUGCUGAUGCUGCUGCUGCUGCUGCUGACUGUCGGUUGGCUCUCGCAGCACAGGGCCGUCUGCUGCCUCUGCGGGUACCGGAGAAGGGAGCUGAAGCGGUGGGACGAGGGAGUGAAGGCAACUGGAGCUAAAGCGAGGAGAGAGAGGGAGAGGGAGGAUGUGGAAGCAA